AUGCUGGAGAAGAAUUUAGAGAACAGCUCAGGUCCUACAAAUGAACCUGGCUCCAUCUUCUCACAGACAGAGCACAGGAUAAUUGCGACUUACCUGAUUGUGGCAGGCAUAUUAAGUCUCCUGAGCAAUGUAGCAGUCCUAGGCAUCUUUAUCAAGCACAAGGAACUUCGGACACGCACCAAUGCAAUUAUCGUGAAUCUGGCCCUCACUGACAUUGGGGUGAGCAGCAUCGGCUACCCCAUGUCUGCUGCUUCCGAUCUGCAUGCAAGCUGGAAAUUUGGCUCUGCUGGGUGCCAGGUUUAUGCUGGAUUGAAUAUCUUUUUUGGGAUGGCAAGUAUUGGAUUACUCACCCUUGUGGCCGUGGACAGAUACCUGACCAUCUGCUGUCCUCACAUAGAGCGAAGAAUGACCAGAAAAUCCUAUGCCAGCCUGAUUCUGGGCACCUGGCUUAACGGCUGCUUCUGGGCUCUGAUGCCCAUCUUGGGGUGGGCAAGUUAUGCCCCGGACCCCACGGGGGUCACCUGUACCAUCAACUGGCAAGAAAAUGGCAUAUCUUUUGUUUCUUACACAAUGGCAGUUAUUGCUAUCAAUUUCAUCAUGCCCUUGACCCUGAUGGUUUACUGCUAUUGUCACGUGGCCUGGGCCAUUAAAUGUCACACUACUUGCGAGAGCACUGGACACCUCAAUGAUUGGUCAAGCCAGGUAGCUGUAACCAAGAUGUCUGUGAUAAUGAUACUUAUGUUCCUGGCUGCCUGGUCCCCAUAUGCCAUUGUGUGCUUAUGGGCUUCUUUUGGUGACCCCAAGGCCAUUCCCCCCAUGAUGGCCCUGAUAGCACCACUGUUUGCCAAAUCUUCAACCUUCUACAACCCCUGCAUCUAUGUGGUGGCCAAUAAAAAAUUUCGGAAGGCCAUGUUCACCAUGUUCCAAUGUCAGACUCACCGAGCAAUGCCUGCAACGAAUAUUUUACCCAUGGAUGUAACUCAGAGGCCACUGGCUUCCGAAAGAAACUGA